CGCGUAAAGAGUCGGAUGGAUUAGCUGAUCGUUGGGCAGGAGGGUGUUUUCGCGUUCCUAUCUUCCCGUACAGUUUCGGGAAAUUACUCUCAGUAAGAAAGGCACCGCAAUAUCUUGGCCAGGUCAUCGGAAGUCGCUCUCUCGCUCUCGCUUUUACUGCUGCUGGAUUGAAUAGUUUCUCUUGGAAAAUUCUUGCAGUGCCCUCCUUGCGGCAACACAGCGGAAACCUCAAUCGGAAUAAGUAAAGAGCCUAUCUGGGUUUUCAGAAGAAAAGUGAUUUAACAGUGAAAAUUUUUGUUCGAGCGAGAGAUACAGUGAGCAGGAGAGGGUUGUUGAAGUGAGAGCAUCCAACGGCUAUUGGUCGCGAUGAUCGGGAGCGAUUACGUGCUAGAAGCACACAAUAUUUACCAUACUACCGAGGUCGACACCGGUGGCUGCUUCAAUGGGGGCGGUCAGUCGGCUCUCGUGCUCAAGGGAGUCCACCUGACCGUGCACAGUGGCGAGGUGAUGGCCAUCCUCGGAUCCAAGGGUAGCGGCAAACGGGCCCUGCUAGAUGUGAUCGCCCGCCGAUCCGAGGGUUCCUCCCGGGGUCAAGUUCUGCUGAACGGGUCCCCGCUCACGAAAUCACUGUUCCAGCAACGCUGUGGCUACGUGACCCAUGGCUGCGAUUUCAUCCCGGGCCUCACGGUUUCGCAAACGCUCAACUACACCCCGACCAUUUUGGGCGGCUAUCUGAAAAGCUCCAAGGUCCGGCAGGUUCUGGCUGAUUUGGCACUUUCGCAGGUUUCCCACAAGAAGGUGGAAAAUUUGAACGUGAGCGAAAAACGUCGGCUAGCCAUCGGGGUACAGCUGGUGCGAGAUCCGGUGAUGUUGCUGCUGGACGAGCCAACGCAAGGCUUGGAUCCGCUGAGUGCCUACUUGCUGAUCAGCAUCCUGUCCAACUCGGCCAAGAAAACCGGAUGCGGCAUUUUGCUUUCGAUGGAAAAACCCCGGUCGGAUGUGUUCCCAUUUUUGGAUAGGGCCCUGUUUCUGUGUCUUGGCGGUGCGGUUUAUUCCGGUGGUACCAGAGCAAUGCUGGAGUACUUCCAUGGAAUCGGAUUUCCUUGCCCACAGCUCGAGAAUCCACUGAUGUACUAUCUCUGCCUGUCAACCGUCGAUCGCAGAUCUCGCGACAGGUUCCUGGAAUCCAGCCAACAAAUCGAAGCCCUGGUGGAGCGCUUCGCCCGGGAGUCACCGAUUCCGGAGGCUCCGAUCAACCCGAUCGGUAGCGGAAAGAUCCCGCUGGCCUACGGGAAGCCGGGAGAGCUCAAGGUAUGGGGCAUCCUGUACCUUCGACUGCUGGCCGCUACCUUUUCGUUCGGUUACGCUGGAAUGAAGGCCCUCUUUCUACGAUUGUUUGCCCUGCCGGCCGCCAUGGGCUUGAUGUGGAUUUUCUACAGCCAGAUCGGAGACGACUCGCAUGGAUUCUUCAGCAAAAGUGGACUGAUCAUGACGGUCCUGGCGCUUAGCUAUGGGGUCGGCAUUUGGUCAACGAUAUGUUUGUUCCCCUCAUGGCGUAAACGUUUCUGUCAGGAAUACUCGGAAGGCUUGUACACCGGAGCAACGCUACUGAUUGCCUACAACACCGUAUCGAUGCCGUUCUCGUUCAUAUCGUCGGCCAUGGCCGCCUGCGUCCUCUACCCACUGGUCCUGAAUGCUUCCAAUCCGGACGGGCUGGUUUUCAUGUACUUCCUGAUUGCCCUGUGGACCUGCUACAUGCUGGCCGAACAGCUCACGAUCGCCUUUCUGCUGGUGAUGAAGUCCCAGCUUAACGCCGCCAUUGCCGUCUCAUACAUUCUAAUCAUUUGCGUGUCUCUUGCCAGCGGAACUGUACGCUCCCACAAAGGUCUCUCGCCCUGGUUGCAAGACAACGCCAAGGGAGUGCACACCAAGUACGCCAGCUCCCUGCUGCACACCGCAAUCUUCACCGGCCGGCGAAUGCAGUGUACCCCCGGAAAUGGCAUCGUCUGUCCGGUGCCAGCCGACUUCCUGCUGGAACGGUUGGGCAAGGCACAGCCGCAGGAGACGACCGACAUUGCCGCCAGCAUUGCCUUUGCCCUGGGUCUGUGCGCUUUCAACAUGAUUCUGUACCUUCUGCCGAUGCCCCGUUGCGUCCGACGGAAGUUUCGAGAUUAGAACCUAAAUCGAGACUUAGAAAACUAAGGAAUUUGACUCCUACAAUAAGUUGUAUUUAUUUUAAGAAAAACUCACCAUUCAUUUAUCGAUCAAUAAAAUUAUCCUUUAAAGUCGGUCUA